CUACACACAUAAAACUCAUUUUUGCGCGCCUGUGCUACACAACGUGUAUGGCGACAUUGUAAGGAGGAAGGCCAUCUGUUUCAUGUUUCUUUAGUUAACCAAGAUUUUUUCAUAGUAAAUAAAAUGGACAUUUUGAGGAUAUUUAUUUCAUGUAUAGCAAGCAUUGCCGUUCUGCAGACAGCGCACGCGGGCUGUAAGGAGGACACAGAGAAUUCUGAUGAGUUUAAGGAAUGUAUGCAGACAUACUCAACGUACUUGGCAAAUGUUGGUCAGUCUGGCGAUCAGAGCCAGAUUCUCGGCGUGUUUUGCAGCCCUGAAGGACAAGCUGCCACAUCAUGUAUGAAGCCAUUCAUUGAAAAAUGUGAUGAUCUGUUGACUAAUAACAUGCUGAGUAUGUUUGGUGUGAUUAAACAAAUGGGCGGAUGUGCAAUCGCAGUUGGAGGAAGUGGAGGAAUGGGAGGAAGUGGAGAAUGUUCAACCGCCGUUCAAGAAUGUAUGAGUAUCAGUAUGGGAGAUGUUAGCGGAGAACCGGACAUGGCCGAACCUCCAACAGAGUUUAACAAGUUCCAAGAGCAGAUAAAAACGAUUUGUGGUCCAGUCAAGAAACAGUUUAAUUGUUUGAAAAAAUACAAGGAAAAGUGUCCAGACCUAGAGGGUCAGUUUAAGCAAAUGAUGGAACUUGGACGACAACAGAGUACUCCAGGCACACCUUUCCCUGAAUUCGAUGAUCAUAAGAACUUCGUCAUGGAUGAAUGUCCCAAGUUUCCAAAAGAUUUUACUACAAGCACAUGCGUAAAAGAUAAUCUUAACAAGAAAGAAUUUAUUGACUGUUACAAAAAUGCAACAAAGCAGAGCGGAGAGCAAAUGAGCUGCGAUGCUUACAAGGCCGCGUUUCCCUGUGUGACGACAGCGCUUAAAAGCUGCGGGGAUAAAUAUACGAGUUCAUUUACGGCAACAACAAACUUCUACCUGGCCGCUACAUUUGACGACUGCAAAUUUGUAGUAAAGAAAGAAUCAAGUGGUGCCAAUGUUUAUACUUCUUCAUUUUCUACUCUUCUUAUCGGCCUUUUCUUGACAUUAUCUACUUUAGUUGUGCUUUAGAUGAGAUUUAUUUUGGUCCAACCUACAAACUGUAAAAUGAAUCAUACAAAAGCGCAUUGUACCAAUUUCUUUCAGAAAUAACUUGAAAAUAAUAUACAAUGACUCGGUGAAACAGCUUUUUUUGUUGUAUGAAACAUGGUAGGAAAAUGUAUUUUAUACAUAAACUUCAAAAAGUAAGUUAAUUAAGAUAUAUUGUGUUCAAAAAUAUUUUUUUAUAAAAUCGGCUUCGGUAAUAGUUUCGAUUUAAACAAUGUAGAUAAUACAAAGUAGAAUAAAACCAAUGAAGGGCGUGAAUUAAUAAAACCAACUAAAUACAUGUUUGAUUCCAACAGUGGAGAUCUAUCUUUCAUUAAAAAACUUAACAAAAUAUACUAAGCUUCUGAUAAAUGUUAGCUGAUUGUUCAUAUGUACUGCAGAAUUCUAUCAAUAUCUGUUUGUUUUAAAAGAAUGGUAGUUUUACGCAUUUUUUCCCUUUUUAUACUAAUUUCUUCACACAGUUGGGAUAAAUAUUAAAACUGUAGUCCUUGAUAUUGAUGUUGAACUGAUCAGUUUUUCUUACAAACAUCGGAGAUUCUUAAAUUGCUUAAACUUGACUUGCAUGGGAAAAACGCGAGGAUAUAUCAUGUUUUUCUGUAUAUAAUAUGCCUAAAAUUGAAAAGACUACGUAUCUUCUGGGUUAUUUUAUUGUGGCUGGAGUAGAAAAUAAUGAGUAUUUAUUGGAGUGAGAGAAGAUGAAGAUAGACUGGUCACUGGCGAGAGCAGGAUAAAAUAAGAAUAACAAGCUUCUACUUUAUUACGUCUGUAUUUCAACGUACACUGUAUUUUAAAAUCAAACCUGUUGAAGCUCGGCUGGGAGAGCACAAGUGAACUAAUACAGAGGUCACGAUUUCAAUCCCUGGAAGAGACAGACAUUGUCAGUGAAUUUUACCAGUUUAGGUCUUCUUUUUUUUCAUUUUCAAAUCUUGUAGGUAACAGUUGUGAUGCGUUGAAUAAUUCUGCUAAAUUCAGAAACAUUAUGUUAACCGACUGCCGGACAUACUAUCGUAUCUUUAUAGAAUGUAUAGAGCAAGGCUUGUAAUCUAUUUCGGCGCUUACGUAAGACUCAAUUCCGCAACUGAUAGUACCUCAAAUGACAUUCAUUUUCAAAGGGAGACAACUGUUCCCGAUUAUUUUAAGUACAAUUGGCAUUCAUUUUCAAAGGGAAACAACUUUUUCCGAUUAUUUUAAGUAAUCUUUGAGAAAAAAAGUUGUCUCCCUUUGAAAAUGAAUGCCAUUUGUAAAGGAAAAAAGAUAAACAAUUGCUGAAAACUAUGUUCCACCUUGUUACGUGAAAUUUCACCACUCGCACGCUAUUGCAAAUGCAUCAAAACAAACAUGUGUAACAGUUCUUUGAAAAUGAUGAGUUUUUAAAGGCGUUUAACUGUCCGGAAGUGGAGCCCCAUUAGGCAGCCCUUUUCCGGAAUUCAAUGUUUAUAUCAGUAUACUGACACUUGUUUCGUAAAGUAAUAUACAUGCUUUACAUGCUGUUCAAUUUUCAUGUCAAACAACUCUUUCUUUCUAUGAUUUGAUGUUGUUUGAUUUUUGUUUCUCAAGGCCUCCAUCGAAACCUGAAUGACUGUUCGAAGACACGGAAGUGUUUAAAGUAAAUACAAGUAAAAGUGUUGAUAUUCUAAUAGGGUAUAGCACUGAAUUUAUACAAAAUUAUCAUUGUGUUCAGUUUUUCCUUUGAUAAUAUCUAAGAAUUGUCAGUGCAAUUAUUACUAACAGAAACAUUUUCAUGCAUAUACAUUGUAAUUGUAUCACGGUAUAAGAAUUUUGUCGAGACAAGAUUGAAUGAGACUGUUAUAUAGUGCGUAUUAUUCGACCUGGCGGGGCGGAGUUAAUCUCUGACUUAUGCAAAUAACGGUAAUCUCAAAAAAACGAGCAAAAUAUGUAGAGCAAUAAAAUUGUUUAAUUCCGUAAUCUUCGGUAACCAACGACUAAAAUUCAUAAUACUACAUACCCUGCACAAUAAUGUAGUGUACCGUGGCGAAACCACGCCCCACCAGGUCAAAUAAAAUGCACUAUACGAAGUGUUAAAGUUCUAACAGAGCCGGACACGAGUAUGUAAACGGUAAACUUUGUACGUAAAUGACUGAAAAAAGUGUUUGUUUGUUUGUUGUUGUUGUUUUUUUUCAAGAAGAAAAGUGUAAGAAAUUAAAAUGUGUCAUUUAAUAUAUUUCAUUGAUGUACUUAGAUCUAUAUUUUAGUUAUCUCAGACACAAUUUGACAAUUUAUUACAAACUGUUGAAAUACUGGACAGUGAGCUGUAUGAUGUGGGAAAUGAAUCCUUUAUUGGGACGAUCCACCGUUAAUACCACUCACAAAUUCAGUACUAUCACACAAACGUUUUCAAAGCAAAAAAAAAGACUCACACCCAAAACUAGGAGUGAUGUCAUGAAUUGAAUACCACUAAAUGUUUCUUCAAGGCAAAUCAAAGCAAACUCAUACAUUUGACAAAGUAUUUGUUGUAUUUGGCUUUUUAGCAACAGUAUAUUUUCAUUUGUAUUGAUAACCAAAAAGAAAUCCAUAAUUCUACUCAUGCGCUUCAAUUGAAGUUCCUGGGCAAUCACUUUGACAGAAACUAUGUGUUGUGUUUGGCCGUUUACCUAAAGAAAGAAUUACUGAAUGUAUGUAUGUUUUUCUGUUGAGAAAUAAUAGUAUUAAAGUAUAACUCAAUAACGAAUAUCAAGCGUUAUUUCCAUGAUAAAAUGUCGAAAUGUUUUAUAUGAAAGUUUUAGUACAAUUUGUGAUCUUAAAACAUGUACUAAUAGGAUAAUUGUCAGUGAUAACAAAUUAUAGGGUUUAAUAAAUAAGAUUUGUUAAUAAUGUCGAUGUAUCAUAUAAGUCUUGAUGGACAGUUUUACAGGUUUACUUUACUCGGCUUUUAAUUUUAUGCAUUUUUUAUCUUUCAGUCAGAAAAAAAUGUAACUUUACUGUUUAACUUUCUUGUUUUACAUUUAAACCUACCCGUCCACGUUUUGGGUGAAAUCUUUCAUAAUUUUCAUUUCCACCAAGUUUGGCAUAGAAUAUAUAGCUUCUCUCUGAAAAAUGAUGAAGUGUGUGAAAUUAAAAAAGUAAUAUUGGUGAAAAUGCAAGAAGAACUUAUUUCUUCGCAUUACUCGAAAGCGUUGCAAAAGUUAAGUACCUUCUGCGCAAUAAUUUGAGUUAUUUAUAGAAUAUCGUGCAAAAAUCUUAUGUCAAUAUGUUUGUACCACUAGUUACUUCCGAGUAUUCACUUUUUAUGGAUUUUUUAGAGAAAUUAUUUUUCACCUAAUACGUUCCUUUAAAUCAAUGUUUACAGUUGUAUUUCACAACUGAUUAUGGGGGUUUUGUAUUAAUUGAAGUAUGCUAUUUCUGGUAAAAUUUUGUAGCUCUAAGUCUAGCAUGUCUUAUAAAUUUACGAUUUGUAACUUUAAAUCUUACAAAUAUUUAUUAUGUUUAUCACAGUUCCAAGAGAGAAAACAGGAAUAGUAAAAUCUUUUUUUAGUGGAAAUUUUGCUUGGAAAAAUAUAUGGUACUGAUGACAGAAUUAAUCUAUGAGACAGUUUUCAAGGCAGCCUCAUUGGCUCGAAAACAAGAAUUAAUGACAAGUCUUCCUGUUUUUGAAUGACUGAGUCUAGUGUGACAAAUCUCUAGUGUUUCUAAGUGUACGUAUAUUUUUUGGUCAUUUUAUGUAACUCAUAUAUUAACAUAUUCUCGAUCUUUGAUAUAAAUAAAAUCUUUUACAAAA